UUUCCAGGGACACUGGUAUAAAAUGAGAUGGACUGAAGCAGAGGUCCUUAAUAUAAAGGAGUCCUGUUGUACCAAGUCACAAGGAAGGAUCAACGUUCUCUCAACAUGGUAACUGCUACAACCACAAUGGGCUCAGUGAGAUCAGCUGUACUGUCUUUUCUUCUGUUGUCUUUUUUUCUUCACAUAGCUGAUUCUUACCCCAACAUCGACGCAUCAAACAUGGGCUGUGAGGAGUGCAAGCUGAGAAAGAACUCUCUUUUCUCCGGGGACCAUCCAGUCUACCAGUGCAUGGGCUGCUGCUUCUCCAAAGCGUACCCGACACCACUCAAGACAAUAAAGACAAUGAUGAUCCCAAAGAACAUCACCUCGGAGGCGACAUGCUGUGUUGCAAAGAACAGCUAUGAGUCAGUCUUUCAGACAGAUGUGGGUGUCGGCAUAAAAGUGAGAAACCACACGGAAUGCCACUGCAGCACCUGUUUUUUUCACAAGAUAUGACCAAAAAGAACCGGAGACCAUUCAGCAGCGCUCGGCUUGGCGACAAGAUGUGUUUCAUUCAGUAUCUAAAAACUCUUCUCUCAUGUUUAAAGUAUGCUCGUGAGAUGACAGAUAAUAUUUUUGUAGCAAUUAUGUGCCUGUGAUGUGUAAUUAGCCUGUGAUUAUGCAUUGAUAGAUGUAUAUGAUUGAAAAGCAAUUAAAAUAUGCAUCCAGA